AUGGAUAAAAUGACCAAAUUUUCGAAACUUACCACCGUCCUCUUCAGCGAGAUCACAACCGGGUUGAGUCGUUUGAAACUACUGGAGAACUUCACCCUUCAGCGUGGUCUAAUCGUGGCGUUGGUGCUGACAACAACUCACCUUAUUAUAGCUUCGCGUCUUCGGUACGCCAGAAUGCGCUACCUGAUGAGGAAAUAUCCUUUCAAAACCCGAGAAUCAUUUCGAUUCAUGACAGACCAAGAGGCAUUUGAGAUUCAAAAGCACAUUCUACAACUUGAGUUCCCCUUUACGGCGGUGAAGUCUUUUCAAUUUGCGUUAUUUAGAACAUACGGAAUUCCCACUAUAUCAUCUCUUCUAGCACGAACUACCGAGUUUUCUAAUCCAGCCACGGCUUUUAAGAGAUAUGCCGACACCGGUGUACUGAUCGGUCAGUUCAUGGCCUUCGAGCCUUCUUCUGAGAGGGCCCACGAAGCGAUUGCAAGAACCAGAUUCUUGCAUGCCAACUACCGAAAGACGGGUCAUAUUCUCGAGGACGACAUGCUGUAUACGUUGAGUCUUUUUGCACUUGAACCAAUCCGAUUUGUUGAAACUUAUGAAUGGCGCAAACUCUCUGAUCUGGAGAAAUGCGCCAUUGGUACAUACUGGAAAAGCUUAGGUGAUGCAUUGGAUAUCAGCUAUGCCUGUUUGCCGUCUGGUUCUGAGAUGACAGAUGCAAAAGCGCUCGAGAGAAAAAGAGGUUUCCAGGAUGGCCUCCACUGGCUUGAAGAAAUUCGUGUUUGGAGUCACGCAUAUGAAGUACAAAAUAUGAAGCCUCAUCAGAAAAACAAACAAGUGGCCGAUAAAACCACCGACGUGCUUAUCUAUGUUUUGCCGGGUUUCUUGAAGCUGGUAGGCACACAAUUUGUAUCCUUUAUCAUGGACGACAGAUUGAGGGCUGCUAUAAUGUAUGACCCUCCAUAUCCUCUAUUUGCGACAUUGUUUCGUGCAAUACUAGCCAUCCGGAAGUAUUUCCUCCGCUACAUUGCUCUACCUCGUCCUUACUUUCUUCGUUACGAUUUGUUCGACUAUUCCCCUGACAAAGACGGACUGAACUAUGUCAAAAUCUGGGAUGCAAUGCCAUUCUAUGUGAAGCCGACAAUUUGGAAUCGAUGGGGGCCGUCGGCCUGGGUUAAGCGCCUUCAGGGAUUGCCUCUGCCCGGAGAUGACGGAGAUAAAUACUUCCCACAAGGCUUUAAUACGUUAGACGUCGGACCGCGGCACUUUCAGGGUAAAGGCAGAACCCAAAUGGAACAAUAUAGGUCGCAAUUGGUCAAGGAAAGAAGGGGAGGAUGCCCUUUUCAUUAG